AUGAUAGUAAGGCCUAUUAUCACCUAUGGAGCGGUGGCUUGGGCCACCAAAGCAGCUCAGUCUUCGGUGAUUCAGAGACUGUCAAAGCCGCAAAGACUUGCCUGUGUCUGUGCUUCGGGGGCAAUGCGCACAUGCCCCACUGUGGCACUGGAAGUCAUACUGGAGCUCACACCGCUGCACCAGGUGAUAAGACAAGCAGCAAACCACACCAUGCUGCUAGUGUCAGCAGAAGGCUGCGGUAGAGGAAAGUUAAUGUCCUCCAGACAGAUGGACGCACUAGCGGAAAGCACACCGCUGGUCCUCCUCCCAAAGGACGGCACAACGAUGAAAAUAAACUUCAAAAGGAAUUUCCAAGUUACUCUCGGCAGCAAGACGGAGUGGAGCGAUUCCACGCUGGAAAAACUGCUGGAAGACAGUACCAUCCAGUGGUACACCGAUGGCUCAAAAACACCGGAAGGUAUUGGGGCAGGUAUUGCGGGACCGCGUACUAAGCUGUCCAUACCAAUGGGCUGCUUCCCAAGUAUCUUCCAGGCUGAAGUUUUUGCCAUAGGUCGGUGCGCUGAAGUCAACCUCAGCCGCAACUAUCGCAACCAGCGUAUAGCUAUUCUCAGUGAUAGCCAAGCGGCACUAAAGGCGAUUUCAUCAUAUGAGAUCAAAUCGCUUUUAGUCGAGGAAUGCAUAGAGAGGCUAAACCGCCUGCCCUUGUGCAACCGGGUGCACCCAAUUUGGGUGCCAGGGCACAAAGGAAUAGAAGGUAACGAGAAGGCCGACGAACUGGCCCGCGCUGCGGCAGCGUCCAAGGUGAUGGGACCAGAACCAUACCUAGCGAAUUCGCGGAGCGAAUUAAAAACACGUCCGUACACCUUGAACACUAUGACUUUUGAUUAA